AUGUUAAGAAGUUUAAGUCGUGCUGUUGCUGUUACGGUAAAGCCAACAAAAUGUAUGAUAACAGGGAUGCCUGCAAUUGCUUUGGGGAUGUUAGUCCGUCAUAACGGUACAUAUAUCAAGAAUAAUACUUUAAGGGAGACUGCCUCUGCUGGACCUGUAGAUAUUACCCCAUUGAGACUGUCAAAUGAACUAUAUGCUGAAUUUAGAGUUCAUGGUAGACCUUACGUUGUUACAGAAGGUGAUAAAGUCAUUCUGCCAUAUAAAGUAAAGAAUGCUGAAGUAGGAGAUAUAUUAGCCCUUACUGAUGUCAGGACCAUUGGAUCCAGAAACUAUAAAUUGGUGGAUGAACCAAUAGAUCCUUCGUUAUAUAAUCUGAAGGCUACUGUUCUCGAGAAGUCUAAACGGAAAUUUGAAAUCAGAGAAGUCACUAAGAGAAGAAAUAGAAGAGUACGUCACGCAAAGAGGAAAGGUGAUUUGACUAUGAUUAGAAUCAGCGAGUUGUCCGUAAAUUAG